AUGCCUUCGCCUCGCCCCGUCGAUUCGCCGCCUCGCCCAUCCGCGCAUUCACCCCUCGCGCGCUCCUCCCGUCGUGGCCGCGUCGGGGCUUCCGCCCUUCCGGAGGCUCGGCGCGCAGCAUGGCUGGCAGCUGUCGCAGUCGCCGUCGCCGUUGUCGCAAUGGUGUCGCCUGCGACUGCUGGGCGACCCAACGUGCUGGAUAACUUCCUCCCGCCCUGCCCCACCCUCGCCGAACCUACCAGUGCGCAACCCCGUCCCUUUCUCCCCCUCAGUCCCCCUCCUCUUUCCCGUCUAGCUCCUCUUUUCCCCUCUCCCCUCGCCCUUCCCCUUCUCUUCCUCCCCGUUCCCAUCUCCCGUUUCCCCUCCUGCUUCCUUCCUCCUCCUGUUUCUCCUCCCCAUCCCCCUUGCGCUCCCCUUACCCCCUCUCUUCCCUUUUCCCCUUCCAUCGCGCCGUUGCUUGAAUCUCCUCCCUGCCAGCAUCCCUCCCUCCCUUUUCCCGGCUCGCUCUCCUCCCUCCCAACGCCCCUGCCCCGGCCCCUUCCCUCCCCUCAGCCCACCCGUCCAUCCCUCCACCCAGCGUGCAAGAAGUGGAGCGACUUGGCAACCGUACAAGAAAUGGAGCGACCUGGCGACAUGGGCAAGCGGGUCCAUCCCGGGCCAAGGCGACGCCCGUACAAGAAAUGGAGCGACCCGGCGACGUGGGCCCCCGGGCCCAUCCCAGGCCGAGGCGACGCCAUUGGAGCCAACGUCACAAUCGCGUGCGGGGAGGCCAUUCUGCUCGACACCUCGCCCAUCACCCUCACUCUCCUCAACAUCCGCGGCUUCCUGCGCGUGCUCGACUCCCCUGCGCUCCCCAAGGUCGACCUGUCCGCGGCGUUCAUAGUGGUGCAGGGGAAUUUCUCCAUCGGCACGCCGCAGCAGCACUACAGGCAGCGGAUCAAGAUCACGCUCACGCCCAAUCCCAACAACCGCGCGGACUAUCUCUUCACCGAGAACCUUCCCGCUGAGCCCGCAUUUCCACGGAACCUUGGACACAAGGCGUUUGCAGUGGUGGGCGGCCAGGUGGAUUUCCACGGCAUGCCAGGUGGCAGCAGCACGCCCGCGUGGACGAAGCUGACGGGGACAGCUCAGCCCAACGACCUGGUGAUUACAGUGCAGGAUGACGUCAGCGCGUGGCCUCAGGACGCCUUCGUUGUUGUCACAUCCACUGACUACUUCCCCGACCAGGCGGAGGUCGUAGGGAUCAUUGAUGUGGUGGCACUCCCUUCGGGCGGCUCGAAAAUAUUCCUCGAAAAGCCGCUCCGCCUGAUGCAUUUUGGAGAUCCCAAGGGCGUGCCGGACGGGUACGGGGGCUUCGUGGACCAGCGGGCCGAAGUGGCCCUCCUCAACCGCUCCAUCGCCAUCACGGGAACAGACGAGCCGGCGCCGUACCACCGAGAGGGCGGGCACUUCAUGAUCUUCAUGAGCAACACGCCUCAGUUCAUUGAAGGCGUGGAGUUUGCCCAGAUGGGGCAGCAGGGGAAGCUGGGGCGAUAUAAUAUCCACUUUCACGUGUGCGGGGAUGACGCGGGGCGGAGUGUUGUGCGGAAGAACGUUAUGCAUGACAGCAAGCAGGUGAGGGCGGGGUGGUGGGGAGCAGGAGAAGGUGGGAGCAAGAAGCGCUGUGUGGUGGUGCACACGACGUUCAACCUGACGGUGGAGGAGAACGUGGCAUACCACACGAGGGGCCACUGCUUCAUGGUGGAGGAGAACCGCUGUGUGGUGGUGCACACGACGUUCAAUCUCACCGUCGAAGAGAACGUGGCAUACCACACGAGAGGCCACUGCUUCAUGGUGGAGGAGGGCGGCGAGACCGACAACACCUUCCUGCGCAACCUCGGCAUCUGGACGAGAGCAGUGGAGGUGCUCAUCCCGCUCUCAUCCGAACAUAUGGAAAUCGUUUUUGAGAAUUCUCAAAAGCGAUUUCCCUCCUCACCCUCAACAGUGGAGGUGCUCAUCCCGCUCUCAUCCGACCCCACCAAGACGGAGGAGACAGGCGAUGUCCCGUUCACGUUAGCACAUGCACGGGACUUGUACCUUAUCCCCACCCCCAACCACCCCCUGCUCCCCCUCACCGCCUCUCCUAUCAGUGGAGGUGCUCAUCCCCCUGUCAGCAGCCGACCCCACCAAGACGGAGGAGACGGACGACAACCCGGCCAUCUUCUCGUUCACCCAGUGCUUGCCUUACUCCCUUUCAUCUCUCUCUCUCCCAACCAUCAACCCAUCAACCAUUCCCCCCUAUCAGUGGAGGUGCUCAUCCCGCUGUCAGCAGCCGACCCCACCAAGACGGAGGAGACGGACGACGCCCCGUCCACGUUUUGGAUCACCAACCCCAACAACAACUUCAUUGGGAACACGGUGGGGAGCAUCAACGCCCCGUCCACCUUCUGGAUCACCAACCCCAACAGCUUCAUUGGGAACGUGGCGGCCGGCUCUGAAAACUCAGGCUAUUGGAUGGAGCUGAGGGACCGGGUGCGCGGAUUCACGCUCUCUUACCCCGGACUCAAUGCUACAGUCCCUGCCAACGGCCCCUUUGGCAUUUAUCGUCAAGGUGACUUCUGGGUCGACUCAGAAGUCAACGCCACCGUGCCGGCCAACGGCCCCUUUGGCAUCUACCGUGAUAACUGGCAGUGGAAGCCGUCUACAGGAACCAUCAGCGGGCUGCUUCUCUACAAGCAAUCCGGGGAUGGUUUGUUCGUGCACAAUUCAGACGGACUCAUCAUCACCAACAGCACGUUUGCUGACAACCGCCAGGGGCUGAACCUGCUGGGCAACACGGGCGUGAAGGUGACAGACAGCCGAUUCAUCGGGGUGACGCCCAACUAUGGCAACCCCCGCAUGUGUGACUCCACGCCGCAGAUGUGUGGGCCUGUCACCGGCUGCGACUUCCCCCUGGCUGCUGGGCAGCAGGGGCGGUCACAGGGGUGGUCGCACUGGAAGAACCCCAUCUUUGGCAUCAUCAUCGACCAUCCCACCUUUGGAUUCGACUUCGCCCGCGCCCACGCCAUCUCCAACUGCCGGUUCCACGCGUAUGAUAGCACGUGCCGCCUAGCUGCUGCCAUUGGCGCGGGCAUCAACGGAGCUCCCAAGGACACGUGGGCCACGGCCACCAGUGUGCAGGCUGUGACAGGCACACCCGGCACCAACAUGCUCUACUUUCCUCCCCGCAACUUCACCUUCCCCGUGAGUGCUGCUGCUCCCUUCCUCCCACCUGACCUCGCACGUGAGCUCUCCGUGAGGUCCCCGACGCACGACGUGUUUGACGUGCCGGGAGGAGACGUGAACAGAGGAGGAGAGGCAACAGACCUGUACACCCUGUGGGACAAAGACGGCUCUCUGCUCAACGCCACUGCCGGAGGCUACCUGCUGGCAAACAACACCGCCCUGCUGCCCCCCACCAAGCGCUUCCCUGCUUGCCAGCCCGUGCCCGCUUGGAAUGCCUAUGCGUGCCCGGGGACAUGCUACCGUACUGUCAUGUUUACUUACCUGGAGCCGGGGUUUGCUGUGUAUGCGAACAGCAGCGUGCCGGAUACACGCAAGCGAGGGGACUUCAGCUACCUCGCCAUUCGUCGCAUAGAGGACGACACAGUGAUCACAGUGGACGGCAAUCUGCGGUCGGUGGGCAACAUGUGGACAGCAGGCCAGCGCAUCUUCGUGGUGCCCCUGCUGGCGAACGCCACCUACGAGGUCAACAUAGGGUUACCGGGUAACAACCGCGCCUUCUUCCCCAGCAACAUCACGGUGCAAUUGCGCGACAGCAACGGGUGUGGCGGGCCGGUGACUCUGAGGAUUCCGGCGAAGCAGAGCAACCAAUGGAUGAUCAAGGAGGAGCAAGACGUGAACUGGAAGGCCUGCGCGGGCACAUCAGACAAAGCAGCGGUGCAGUUCUCAUUCGUGUGCUUCAAGUUCAAGCCAACUCUCGAGCUCUUUUUCGACGGAACCUCCUCCAAGCCAAUCUCGCUGCGGCCUCGUGGCACUGGGGUCAACAUGGGCAUGCGACGUGAGUGGCAGGGAGCUGCAUGCAUCAGAGCUUGUCCAGUUUUAAGACUUCUCAUUUUUGAGACGUCUCAAAACUGCAGCCUCGUGGCACCGUACCCAACAUGGGCAUGCGACAUGGAGCUGCAUGCAGCACUGCUUGUCCUCAAUUCUCUCUGUUGCCAUCCCUCCCCAAUCCCACCCCCCUUUUCCACCAGUCGCUGCGGCCUUGUGGCACCGGGGUCCACGUGGGCAUACGAUGUCAGCGGCAGGGAGCUGCAUGCGGCAGUGACGGGCGCCAUGGGCUUCAGCUCUCCGCGCUUCAACGAUGCCAGCUGGCCGCGAGGCCCGGCUAUCAUUGGCUAUGUGGGAUGGCGGUGGGUCGGCAUCAACACAUGGACACCCCCCUCAGGAGACGCCCUGCCCACCUUCUACUACCGGCGGCCGUUCCGAGUGGCCAACAGCGCGUGUGCCACGGGGCUGUAUGUGGACGUGAUCGUGAACGACGGCGUGCUUCUCUAUCUCAACGGGGUGGAGAUGCUGCGAGUCAACAUGGCACCCGGCGCUGUGAAUGUUUCCUCGAGGGCCCUAUCCAACCAGAACGUGUGGGACUACACGUCCUUCUUCAUCCCUCUCAACGCCACAGCACCCUUCUCUCUCGCGGAGGGCACCAACCACAUCGCCGCCGAAUCACACGCCGCCAUCUGGACCACCGAGAACUUCUUUGACCUCAAACUGUCCGCCCAGAUGGAUAGCGCAACAUGCAGUGGCGUGCUCAUUCUACAGGAGGUGUGCGACGGGCUCGACAACAACAACGACGGCAAGGUUGACAUAGACCCACUGACCGACCGGCUUCUCACGCGCCCGUGCCGCAACCCCUGUGGGGCUGGUAUUGAGACGUGCAUUGAUGGGGCGUUUCAGAACUGCACCGCGCCCGUCCACGGGCCUGAAGUCUGCAACGGGGUGGACGACAACUGUGACGGGCUCAUCGACAACUCGCCCUCUCCAACCGCCGCUCGGCUCGACUGUGCCGACGGCUCCCUCUGCUUCAAGGGGCAGUGCCUGCCGUACGGCCCUCUCACCGCACCCGUCACAGUGAUCAACAAGAGCGCUGCUGGCUGGCUGUACUACGAUAAGGGGUACCUUCCGCAGUCCUACCCCACUUGGAGCACCAACAGCUCAACAGUGGUGACUCCGCCUACUUCCUCCUCAGGAGGAGCUCUCGCCCCAAAGCCCUCUCGCCCAGCCCACAUCUUCCUGUCCCUUCCCCGCUUCCUUCCAUUCCCCUCUGCCCCUCACAGCAACGUGCCAGCUCACCUACUCAAGGAGGGCGCAGCACCGUUUGGAUUCAACUCAACAUCGCCCACGGCCACCAACCUCUCUCUCGCAGCUCACCAGUGGUGCCUCUGCCUACUUCUUCCCCUCAAGUCCCACUCUCCCUCUCUGCCACUCUCCCUUGCGCCCCUCUGCCCCUCUCCCUUGCGCCCCUCUGCCACUCUCCCUUGCGCCCCUCUGCCACUCUCCCUUGCGCCCCUCUGCCCCUCUCCCUUGCGCCCCUCUGCCCCUCAACAGGAACGUGCCAGCGCAUCUCGUGAAGGAAGGGACAGCCCCGAGGGAGCAGCACCAUUCGGCUACAACUCAGCGUCCCCCACGGCCACCAACCUGUCACAGCUCACCAGUGGCGACUCCGCCUACUUCUUCCUCAAGAGCUUUGCUCUCACAGAGGAGGAGGCCAACAACACCUGGAGCUACUCUGCGUCCGUCCAGAGGGAUGACGGUGCUGUCCUCCUGAUGAACGGAGCCGAGUUUUUCCGCUCCAACAUGCCUGCUGGCCCCAUCACCUCCGCAUCCUUUGCUGCCACCGGCACGUGGGGGGCCGACAAAACCACCUUCUUCAACAGCACGCCCUUCCGAUCCAUCGCGCAGUUCCUGCAGCCGGGAACCAACUGGGUGGGAGUGCAGCUGCAUCAAUCGCGCUGGUCCAGCGAUGCCCUCUUCGAUCUCGAGCUCACCCGCCACGCCAUGCGCCCCUGUUCCGCCCUCGAAGGCUCGCCUGCUGCUUGUGUCCGCACACCCCCGGCUGACACUCUGCUGCUUGCGCAAGGGUCCACAUGGGCCUACAACGACGCCUCCCUGCCACCGCCCAACCCUGACACUUGGUUCCUGCCCUCCUUUGAUGACUCUGCAUGGCUCAAAGGCCCCGCGCCCCGCGCCCCUAGCAGCGGGCAACAACAGGGCGGGCACCAACCUCACUCUCAACAGCACCACCAGCGGCUCACGAGUGGCACACUACUUCCGCCGCGCCUUCACUGUCACCGAUGUUACCUGGCUACCUGCCACGUCACCCUCAUUCUUUCCCCCCCUCCCCUCCCCUUUCCCCACCACCCAGGCCCUGCACCCCUAGCAGCGGGCAACAACAGGGCGGGCACCAACCUCACCCUCAACAGCACCACCAGCGGCUCACGAGUGGCACAUUAUUUCCGCCGCGCCUUCACUGUCACCGAUGCUGCCUGCCACGUGGCCCUCACCGUCUCCUUCAACAUUGCUGAUGGCGCUCCAGCUGGGCACUGUGCGCCAUAUCUGUGCCUUGCUGUUGACUCUCACUGCUGUGCUCUCUGCUGUGUGCCUCUCACAUUCUCCCUCAACGUCACUGACGCCGCUGUGAGCUUUCCUGCCCAUCACCACUCCCAUUUCAUCUUCCCGCCCACACCACACCUGUCCUCCUGUCCACCCGUGCCCACAUUUCUGCCCACAUCUCUGCACCUGCCCACAUUCUUCCACACCUGUCCACCCGUGGUGUACCUGAACGGGGUCGAGGCGUACCGCUUCCAGAUGCCGCCCCCCUCAUGGGGCCCGGUCACGCCGGCCACCAACGCCACGGGCGGCUAUGUGUGGCGGUGGGUGCCGUCCGUCCUGUCGGGUGGGUGGCUGCAGCAGGGGGCGAAUGUGAUCGCGGUGGAGGUGCAUCAGCAGAGGAGCACCAACACUCUGCUCACGUUUGACGUGCAGGUUACCAGCAAGAGGGAGGCCAUUGCCUGCACUCCUGCCCCACAGUAA